CUUAUAUAAUGCAACUUUGGCUUGUGUAUCUACCCCAAAAGGAAAUAACAAUUCUGGCUUGUGUCUAAACUUGGUAUAUUCUUUAACCAAGAUAUUUAUUAGUAUUGACAAGUCUUGGAGGUCUCUUUAGACUCAAAAUGGCUGGCAAUAUGACAAGAAUCCUCAGCAAAUUCAAAUCUUCUUAUUGUCUUGUUGGUGGUAGCCUUCCCUUGAAUGUUAUUACCAGGAGAGGAUAUUGUGCACCACAAGCAGAAGCAGGGUCCACAAAAAGGGACCAUCAACCAAAAUCAGAGGAAAAUCAAAGGCCAAAUUCUGCUUCAUCAGAGUCAUCAUCAUGGGUACCAGACCCUGUCACUGGAUAUUACAAGCCUUCAACUCAUAAUAAUGAAGGGAUUAUCAACAAAAACAGCACUAAACCAUAGAUGAUGGAAACAAUCCAAAAGAAUAUUAGUAUCAAUUAUAUGAAGCACUGCAGUAGUAGCAUUACAUUAUGUUGUGUAUAUGGAAUUCUCUCUACCUGUUUCCAUAUAAUUCUAAAUAAGUUCAUAUUUUUCACUAUGUAAAGAGUGAUUAUUGUUUUAUAAGAGAUUAUAUUCUAAAUUCUCUGUACCGGUAUCAGUUUUCCGGUGAUUUGAAUUUUAUGAGAGAUUAAAAUAUAGUUCAAGGGACUUAUUGAGACUGAAAAAUAAU